AUGGAUUUAAAGCUCGGGAAAUCGCCGAUCUUACACGACGCUGCAUUCGCAAGGCGACUGUGUUUCCGCCUCUUCUUGUUCGCCUUCGCCGUCUCCAUUAUUCCCGCCGUCCACAUUUUCACCUCUUACGAUUCCAAAUCUUUCCAUUUUCCCAAAUCCCCACCCUGUCACGCCGCCAGUCACGGCGGCGCAGAUCAACUCCCCCGAGGCUCGUACCUGUUUCAGGGCCACUUCCUAAACCCCAUCUGGGACUCUUUAAAUUCAGAACAUUGCCAAGAAACUGUGAAUCUCACCAUCUCCGUCGUCAGGGAACUGGUCGAUGAAAAGCAUCUGUUCAACCAUAGCGCCAGAGCUCUGUUCGUCGGAGAGAGUUCGUCAGCCGCCGCAUCGGUGCUCCGGGAUUUGGGAUUUCCCGGCGCCGUCGGGAUUGAUAAGGGUCGGUUUAUCUCGCUGAAACAGAGGGAAGUUGGGUACAAACUUGAUUACCCAAAUGAUUCAUUCGAUUUCGUUUUAUUCAGAGGCAAGUUCAAGAUCUCUGUUCCCGAUUUGGUGGUGGGUGAAAUUGAGCGGGUCCUCGCCGGCGGUGGAACUGGGGCGGUGGUUAUCGGAAUCAAUUCUCCAGUAACGAUUGGAUUCGCCGGUAGGAUGCCGAGUUUACUGAAAUCUUCAUGUGUUGUAUCUUCGAAGCCCGUUAAUAAUUUGUUAAUCACUGUAUUCAAGAAGAAACAUCUCCAUGAGUUUUCAAUUAACUGCCCGAGUUAA